AUGAACAAAAUCGACUUUGUGAGAGCAUCGCAGUCUACUCAGAUGUUUGCCCGAGGCAGGAAGGAAGAGCCUGCAAUGGAAACCGCGCCGCGAAGAGAUCGUCCGUCGUUCCGUAGUAAAAAGGACUUUCGCCAGGAAAGCACAGCGCGUGAUUCUCUUUCUGCAUAUGUAACGGAGUUCCAUAAGUUGAGCAAUGUGGCCUUGUCCAGGAAAUGGGUAGAUCUAUUCCUAGAACUUCAGCUGGAUCGCCUGGAAAUUUUGGGACUAAUCCACGCCUUAAAGGGUUCAUAUCAUCCGUCAACGAGUGCCAGUCCCUCUAAGAAUCAGUUAUACCGCGUUGAAAAUACAUUGGACAUGGGUUGUGGUGAUAGCAGCGUUGCCUCUAACUGGGAUCCGGUGCGCGUCUUUACGGAAUCGAAAGAGCGUGGGGAAGUAUGUGUUGCUCAAGUUUUCCAACGCGAGAAUUUGGUGGCGGAAGACGCACCGGAGUUUCUGCAAGAUAGCAUGUCUGGCGUCGCUACCUUACGCGAAGGCUACGACGUUGAAUUUGAGUUAUCCCCUGUCGAUACGGAGGAGAAUCUUUCCACAAUGUCGACGGAGUCAUUCGUUAACUUCAGAUGUUUUGACGAGAUCCGCGCUGCUAAAGCUCUCCUCAACAUAUCAGACGAUGCAGAUUGUCCACUGUAUGAAAGUCGGUUGGGACGUGGCGAUGGUGAGCUGAGCGCCAACUUUCGAGACUGCGACGACAUGGAUGUAGACAUCGACGAAGAGACAGCUGAAACUGACCCUUCUGAGUCUUCGAUUUUGCGUGCUUUUUCUUCGCAUGGAAGUUUGUGUUCGAAUCCAAGCCAAUAUUCAGACAGUCACAAUGGUGCGUACAAUGCUAAUCGCUUGAAGUUCGUUAUGAACAUAGCGAGGAGUGUGGCGGACACAAACUGCCGUGAUUAUUUUGCGCAAGGAUGGCUUUCAUAUUUGGAACGAGUCAGCGAUGUAGCAGAUCGGAAGAUUUUCCUGGUUGACGUCGGCUUACAAAGCGCCUUUUCGAAUAAAUCUUGUUCCAAGUUUGGUGGGAGCAAAAUACCGACUGUUCUCCCACCUCUCGAUUAUUCUAGACGACGCGUUCCGCACGAACUAUGCAAGGAAAGACGGUUUGGCCAUCCCCGGAGAAGUGCUAGAAACAAGGUAUCUCCUGGAGAGUCGGGGAUAGUCAGGGAUGGUGGAGAGGCGAAGUGGGGAACGAUAAUGCCUUGCCCUGACCGUCGGUCACUGGGAAUAAAUGAACGGUUGCGCGCCGGUCAUUCCUUCGGAUUAUGUCGAAUGGAAGGGACGAUCCGAGUUUUCCCUGGAGGAUCCCGCGUGGUUCAGUGGCCUGACUCGGAUUGA